AUGAAUUCCAAUUUUGCGGCUUUAAUUUGUAAAGAUAUCCUGCGUACGAUCUUCGAAAAGCUUCCGGUGGUAGAUCUAGCACGGUCGGCGUGUGUGUGCAGGUUGUGGAGUUCAGUAGCUUCUGAUCGAGAGAUUCAGGUUAGGGCUUUCAAGGCGCCGUGGAAAUUAAGGAAGCAUGUAAUGUUGUUCUCUAUUCACAUCGCUCAGCCACCACACUCCUCCCUCUCUAUGUUGCAAUCACAGAUACACACCACCGUUAAAAUCACAGCACUCCUUCACACUCCUACCAGCAUAAGCUUCCAUAUUCUUGAACCUCAUCUUCGAACCGGAAGCGUGAGUAUCCCAAACAUGGUUCCUUUAAAAAAGGAAUACAUGUUAAAAGAAGAGUUCAGACUUUCGAGUAUUACAACUGAAGACUCGGUACCUGAGAGAAAAGCUCUUAAUCGCAUCAAGUUUGAAAUACCUUAUUUUUUACAGUUUCAAGAAUACAGGGAACCUCUGUUAUGGUGUAAAAGAAGAUGUUGUAUAAUCUCCUACCCAUGCCCUUUCUAUUAUUGCAGCAGGAGAAGCUCUCAAUCUGAUAUGGAAGCUAAUUUGUUUAAGCUCAUGGAAAGGCGGGGCUAUGGGCAAGAAUAUAUAAAUCGUUACAAGAUGAUAACAAGUUAUUUUUGUAUGUGGCACAACAUGUGUUGGAAAGUCAACAAUUGCUACCCAGCUUGGUCAAAGGCUAAACUUUCCAAAUGUUUUACAGGACUUACUGUAAGUUUGAAAAACCAGAUUCGUGUAACUUUUGCUGCAGGCCCAUCUUCUCUUGAAGAAGAUCUUGAUAGAGUGAAGUCUUUUUGCCAAAAGCAUUCUCAUCAGCAAAAGGCUAUUUUUCUAGUAGUGCCUUUUGUCUUACAGUUGUUAUAUUGA